CUCAGAGAUUAGCCAGUCAGUCCUCUCGCUCCAAAGCUAAUCCCCCCCCCACUCACAAAGGGGUGAGCGAGCGAGGCAGCGAGAGGCCAUGGCAGCGCCCUCGAUACCUGCCCAUCUGGGCGCAAGGCUCUCGCCCAGGACAUCGCCCUCGCCCGCGUCAGGCCAUCGCGACCGUCGACGCUCGUCGUCGCGGCCGGGUGGGAGCGCAGCAUCGACGAGCCGCAGACGCUCCUCGUUUCGCUCGGCAUCCGAGAGCUCCUCGUCGAGACCCACGCUCACAUCGAGGCCCGUCGUCCUCUGGACGCACGACCCACCCAAUUUCAGCACGCAUGACGUCGUCAUCAAUCCCGACGUCGUCGCUGCGCUGGGCGGCGUGAGCGACGCAUCGGACCUCCUCGAGCUCGUCCUCCUCGAUGAGCACAACCAUGCUGCAGCUGCCGAGCUGCCACCGCCGCCGUCGACGAACUCCAACGUGGGCACAUCAAAAGCCAGCAAGAAGAGGACCAAGCACAGCUUCCUCUUUACCGCCAACCAGGCCCUGCAGGACACCGAGUGCAUCGAGCGGGCGGGCUCGAACCUGCAAGUGAGCGUCGCACGGUCGCUCGCGGGCGCAUACGGCCUCUACAACCGCUGCCAGGUCGUGCUGAGCAAGGUGCCCCGCGACAUUCACACCAUCUCCCACGUCGAGCUCUACUUUCGCGACCAGUACGUGGGGCGGGCUGACAUGUGGCGCCUGGGUGCGCUCCUCGAGGACCGCUGCGUCCACGUCGGCCAGAAGGUGACGCUAGCCGGCUGCGUGCGCGCAACCAUCGGGCGCAUCUUCAUCGACGAAAAAAAGGUUCUGUCGGGCUACGUGGCCCCGCAUACACGCACCAUCUUUCGCUCCGAGUCGGCAAAGUACAACGUCUUUCUCCAAAUGGCCCGUGAGAUGUGGGACUUUGACGAGGACGGCGAGCAGUACUUUGAAAAGGCCAUCUCUGGCUUCCUGCCCGAGCUCGUGCGCCGGUGGUCCAAGGUGCCGACGAACCACGUCGUCAGCGUCGUCCUCUUUGCCCGUGUCCACUACGACGAGUCGGAGCUGCACAUGCUCGAGGAGUCGUCGCUGCCUCUGAGGAAGGAGCAGACAGGAACAGGAGGAGCAAAAAGGGACCGGUGGUACAUUGACUACUACAAGGUCAUCGUCGACCUCGAGUCCGACUGCGACUGGAGCAAGGUCCUGACGACGCUCAAGGAGGAGUUCUACCGCUUCCGCCACGACAUUCUCAUCGUCCGGAGGCCCGUCGCCGGGCCCGCCGGUGCGCCGUGGCAGGAGGAGCAGCACGCCGAUUUGCUCCGGAGGGAUCGCGCGCUGUUGGCCGGCAGGGUGUCUGCCUCGCACGACGGCAACAUCCUCGAGGCCAUCAAUCUCGCCCUGAAUCCCUUUGACGAGCACUACAUCGACCGUGACCUCAACCGGACCGGCCUCGACCUCGUCGUCGUCACUGCGGGCACGGGCCACUUCAACGUCGACAAGCGCCUCCUCCGGCUGACGACGGAGCGCCUCAUCGACAAUGGCAUCGGCCUCGACCUCGUCUGUCUGACGAGGAUGCCGCUCCACUCGGUCCCCCUCUUUCACUUUCAGAGCCAGGUCCCCGUCGCCGAGCAGCAGCCACCACCGACGCCGCAACCGGCCCCGUCGGCAGCGGCGGCGACGACAACAACAACAACAGCGGCGACGCGCAAACGAAGAGGCACCACCUCGUCGAGGACAGGCGCUGCUGGUGCCCUGAGUCCGCCGCCAGAUCCGCUCUACUUUGACCCGAAGCGCUCCUCGUACAGCUCGUCGUCUGCUGCUGCGGCACCCACGUCACACCCCUCUACCUCGGCGUCGUCGGGCGUCGUCGACUUCUUCAGCAUCCCCCACUGGGUCGACUGCUCCUUUUACAACCUCCAGCAGGACAAGCCGUUUCGCGCUGAUCGGUUCGUGCCGCGGUGCAAGAUGCACGAGAUCCAGAUGAUGGGCCAGAUGGAGAACAACAUCAGCGACAUCAUCAUCCCAUACAUUGAAUUUGCCAUCAACACGGGCCAGUCCUACGUGCACAGGCCAAUGAGCCUGGCCACGACGGCCACGUCGGGGUCCAUUGCGAUUGGGAGCGGCCAGUCGCGGUACCAGAAAGCCAUGCAGCAACAAAGGCAGCAGCAGCAGCAGCAGUAUCAACAGCAACAGCAGCAGAGGUCCAGCUCGCAGCAGCUCUCGCAACAACUGCGGUGGCAGCCACAGCAGAGCAACAGCAGCACGACGAGCGACGGCUUUGCAGUCGGCGCCUCUGACCUCGGCGGCCUGAGUCCGCGGACGCAGCGCCGCAUCCUACGCGAGCGCUUCGACCGAGAGACGUUUCGAGACCUCGAGGCGGCGCCCAUGCACCUCAUCAACCGGCCCAGCCUGCUCCUGGGCGAGGCCAAGAGCAGCGGUGCAGCCAUCUCGACGUCGCCAAGCCGAUCGCUGCGCCAGGUGCCAUCGGGCGAGGGGCUGGGCGAGAAGCGAUUGGCGCCGAAUCAGCAGCAGGGUAGUGGUGGUGGUGGUGCUGCUGGAGGAGGAGGAGGAGGAGGAGGAGGAAGCGGGUCGCAUUCGAGAUCACCGGUCAAGUCGAGCCGAUUCUCGAGGCAGUCGAGCUUGUUUGCAUCGCCCGUGCUCGAGUCGCACGAUGAGCAUGCAGCGCUGGCGGGCGCAGACGUCGUCAUUGGCAAUCAGGCGACGUGGCCACGCUCCAAGGGUCGGCCUGACGGUCUGUCGAGCCAGCCUCUGUCUCCGAACCAGGCGAGGCAGUCCGGGCCGCCCUCGCCUGUGGACCCCAUCUCGGCAGUGAUUGCCGCAGGCGAUGUCUCACGGGGACCGUCGUCUCGCGCUGCAUCCAUCCGGAGCGUCAGCACCUUCAACCGGUCAUCGCUGGGUCCAAGGCCGUUGGAGCCUAUGGGCAAGGCAAAGGCCUCCGUCGGCCCUUCGUUCACCACCUUUGACGAGCUGAAUGAUGGGCCAUCUACGAGCAGCGAGGCAUCCCCGACUUCGCCUGCAAAUACGGCAGCGACGCCGGGAACGGCCAGCGCGUCAAUCAUGUCGAGAGAUGCCAGUCGGGGCACCGUCACGCCUUUGACGUCCUCUGCGACCGUAAGCCCUUCGAGGCCAAAGUCAAUGUACAAGCUCAGCACGACGUGGAUCUGGAACUCGAUCCGGGGCCAGAACCAGGCUUCUGCUCGAGACGGCGAGACAGACGAAGGAGGAGGAGCAGCAGCAGGGCACGAGGCAGAAGAGGCAAAGGAGGAGGGGAGCAGGACGGGUAAGCGGCCAGAGGGGCAGGCGCUGGAGCGCAUCGAUUCCUCUUCGGUUGCCUCGAGGCGCAUACAGGAGCUGCUUAGAACUUCGUCGGGCAGAAUGGUGCCCUCGAGCUCGACUUCGAGCUUGCUGGCGCCUUCGACUGUCAACACACCAACGAAAGAGCACACGGGCGACGAAAAGGGCAUCCUUGCGCCUGCGCCCAUUUCGAUCCCAUCGGAUGCGCCUGCCGGGGGAGGAGGCGCCGGCGGCGGAGGAGGAGGAGGAGGUGGUGGUGGUGGUGCGUUGGAUGCAAAGGCGGCCACGGGUCACGGAACAAAGGAGCAAAGGGGAGAAAAGGGCCUGAUGGGCUUGGCGACUGACCAGGGCGUGGCCGUGGUUGACGAAGAGGACGCAAUGAUGCUUCGCGAGCAAGAGGCCCUGGAGCGGGCAUGGGAGGAAGAAGAGGCAAAGGCUCGGUAUGCUCAGCAGGCUCAGGUCGAGAAGCAGACGCUCGUCAAUCCUUCGAAUCCGCGCAAGAGUCUCGAAUCGAGGACGACGUCGAGCCAGCUCAUGCGGUGGCAGCACCUCUUUCCGCGCAGGCUCAACCGGCACGUCGUCAAGUGGCGCAGCAUGACGAGCCCGGCUUGCUUGCCGCUCACGACUCUCUACCUGCCCACACCGGUCGAUCUGGCCAACCAGUGGCAGGAGUACCCGUACACAAUGUCGAUUGCCAGCGACUCGACGAGCUUCCUCGUCAAGCGACGGGCUUCGACGCCGCCGGCGCUCGCCGUGCUGCGCGAGAUGGCCUCGCAGCGGCUCGCUCAAGGAUUCCAAUUCAUCGUGCCAGUGUCUUCCCCCACGCGCUCAAAGUUGUCAGCACAGAGAAACGGUGGGCUGGACGAGACUGCCGAUGAAUUCCGGCUGCGAGAGCCCUCGGAGCUGUUCCAGCCAGGCAGUCUGGCCUCGGGCAACCCCAUCUUUUUGGGCAUGUCGAACCAAAUCCACCGCAUCUCCUACGAUCGAUCCGGCGGCGCCAUCCACGUCAAGCGCUUCGUGAGAAGGACAGAGUACGAUACGUCGCCAAUCGACUACUCGUGCUGCAUCUGGGCGAGAAAUUGCCCAGGUUACCAGACCGUCGAUGCGCGGUUCCGCUAUCCAGACUUUGGCGCAUACCACUGGACCUACCUCGACGCCCUCAUUGCGGGCCAUGCAGAGGACGACAGCUUCGUCGAGGGUCUGCGCUUCUGGAGAACGCGGUUCGUCGUGGUGCCCAGCGAGGGCAGCCCUCCGACCAUGACGGGCCCCUCGGGCGAGAAGCUGAGUGACGAAGAGGUAAGGCUCGUGGGCAUGGACCGGCUGGCAGACCUCUUUACGAGGGCAAAGUGGAAGCCGAGGGACCCCACCUCGUCUUCGAGGCAGAGGGUCGCUGCGGCAAAGUCAUUCACCGCACCCCUGAGGUUCAUCCCCACGAGCUUGGACCCGGCCAUGAGUGUGGACGACGACGAGUUCAUGAAGCUGGUCAUGGCGUCCCAUGCAGAGGAGCUCGACGAGGCGAGGGCCCGUCGGGGUGGCCCGUCAGGCUCCCUCUCCUCGUCUCGGCAGCUGGCCAAGGCCCAGACAGACCUGCAACAGCUUGCCCAGGACAUGUAUUCGUCCGAGUCCGGCGUCAAGAUCAACGAUCGCAUCUGGCAUCGCAUCCUCUACACCGACGCCUUUACGGGCACCGAGUUUGUGACGUGGCUGUGCCGGCGCUUUGACGAUGUGCAUUCGAGGGACGAGGCGACGCAGUGGGGCGCCAGGCUGAUGGACGCGGGCCUCUUUGAGCACGUCGAUCGCUUUCACGGCUUCCUCGAUGGCCACUACUUCUACAGGCUCCGGCCCGACUAUGCCUCGAAAAAGUCGCCGGUGCCUGGAGCAGAAGAAGAGGACCGGGACAAGAAGACACCGCCGCGGGGUGGCAGUGGCGGCAAGAAGGCCAAUCCAUCCGUGAUUGAGAUGAGCCGGACGAUGCUCAUCGAUGUCGACCCCUUGCGCCGGUCGGACCGGUCUGAGGUGGCGUACCUGCAUCACGAUCUGGCGCACAACCCCUCCAACGGCUUCAACUUCCAGAUCCAUUGGCUGGGCACGACGGCCCGCUUCAUCGAAGACAUGGUCCAGAGCUGGACGCGCACCGUCGAGCGCUUUGGCCUCAGACUCAUCGAGGCACCCAUCGGCCAGAUCGCAGACGUCGCACGCCACAAUCCCUUCCAGAUGCCCGUCCACAUUCCCUUGGCCCUCUACCCGCCCGCGACGCAGGGCAGGGCGACACACCGGUUCGAGUAUGCGCUCCUGCGCCGCUUCGGCUUCAUUCUCGACCAGGAAUCCUCUGACCAGUACCAGUCCCAGUCCCGCUCUCCGACCUCCUCUACCACGACGGGGCCGCCCACGAGCGCCAAGACGACAAAGAAGACGAUGACGCGCUUCACCUACCGGUCCCGGCCGAACCACUUUGACCUGAGCCAGUUUGUGCACCGGUCCGGCGUCGCCUUUGUCCAGGUGCUCAAGGACGGCGAGGGAUUUCUGUGGCUCGACAAUCGUCUGCACCUCGCCAGUACCUCUUCCUCUUCGAACUCGGGAGGCCCUGGCGGCGUUGGCGGCGUUGGCGGCGGUGCGGCGGCAGCUGCAGCAGAAAAGGAGCGGGAAAAGGACAAGAGUGCCAAUGGGAGAAAAAAGGAGAGUGCCACGGCCAAUGCCAGCCGCUUCAACGACGACAAGGACGAAGGCGGGAAGAAGGAGAGGCUAGAGGACAAGGAGGAAAAGGAGGCGGGCGAAAGGGCCGAGAGGACAAUGCCGUCUGCCGAGAAGCUCCGGAGGGACUUUGCGGCCUUUACGGCAGACGUCGGUGCGCUGCAGGCCUUUUAUCGGAGCGUCUUGCAGGAGGAGGAGGAGGAGGAGAAAAAGGAAGGGAGGACACCUGCCACGACGUCGAUCCGUCAGACUGCUUCUUGAGUGUGUAUGCAAAUGUGAUGUUCUUCCGUGUAAACUUGGUUGGUAUAUAGAAUACAAGCAUGCUCUAGUAAAGCAAGAUAAAUGGCAAGG